UAAAAGUGCCGGCCCAUCUGCAGUUGGUUAUCAUUCAGCUUCAGCGUCUUGCGACCAAAGCUUACCAAAGUUAAUCCAACGAACUAACGUAGCCCAACAACUCAACAACAAUGAAACUCUUCGUGUUUGCUGUGUGCGCUAUUGCCGUGGCUUCCGCCGACGUCUCCCACCUGAACCUGGGCAGCGGCUACAGCUACAACAAGCCCACUCCCACCUUCAACAUCCCCUCGGCUCCGGUGUCGUCUUACCUGGCCCCCCAGGAGGCCCCGAUCUCGGCCCCAGUGUACUCUGCUCCUGCCCCGGCUCCAGUCUACUCUGCUCCUGCCCCGGCUCCAGUUUACUCCGCUCCUGCCCCGGCUCCAGUCUACUCAGCUCCUGCCCCGGCUCCAGUUUACUCUGCACCUGCCCCAGCACCUGCUCCUGAGUACCUGCCUCCUGUUCAGGACAUCCCAGCUCCAGCACCAGUCUACUCUGCUCCUGCUCCGGCUCCAGUCUACUCUGCACCGGCUCCGGCUCCAGUCUACUCCGCCCCCGCUCCAGCUCCCGAGUACCUUCCUCCCGUUCAGGAAAUCCCCGCUCCUGCUCCAUCCCCAGUCUACUCUGCCCCUGCUCCUGCCCCAGUAUACUCUGCUCCUGCUCCAGCUCCAGUUUACUCUGCCCCUGCCCCAGCUCCAGUGUUCUCCGCACCAGCUCCUGCUCCAGAAUACCUGCCCCCUGUUCAGGAUAUCCCUGCCCCAGCCCCAGUCUACUCUGCCCCAGCACCUGCUCCAGUCUACUCUGCUCCCGCACCCGCUCCAGUCUACUCUGCCCCAGCUCCAGUUCCUGAGUACCUGCCCCCUGUCCAGGACAUCCCAGCUCCUGCUCCAGCACCAGUCUACUCUGCCCCUGCUCCCGCUCCAGUUUACUCUGCCCCAGCGCCUGCUCCCGUUUACUCUGCCCCCGCACCCGCUCCCGUCUACUCUGCUCCCGCUCCCGUGGAGUCCGUCGAGUCUAGCGGCUACAGCUACAACGUGCCCGCCAAGCGCUUCCGCUUCUAAGAGGAGUCAUGAUCGGGCAGCUUGUUAAAUUAACAAGUCACUGCCACUCAUUAUUGUUGAAUGUUGUUGUUACACAAAGUUCCGUUGAGAUUUUAGACAUAAAUACAAAUAAAAAAUAAAAAAUAUAUAUUAAAUAUAAA